CCGCAAGCAAUCAAGCAAGCCUACUCGCCUGCUGCCCACGCCCGAGGGCAUGCCAUCGGCCCCAACCUACCGCUGCACUGCGUUGCCAGCGCACCCGCCUCGUCGGGAUCGUCCUGCAGCACCAGCCAGCCUUCGCACGACCCAGGCAGGACUCGGUCUUUCCUCCUUGCUGCUGCCCCUCCGGCCGCCUCUCCGGUCUCCCCCGAUCGCGCCCGCCGCCAGCCUGACUCUAUCGCACCUCACCAUCGUACCAUCCACACCUGUUUCGCCAUGGCCGACGACAAGUAUCGGCUCAUGCUCGUCAAAUUAAUUACGCUCCGCGAAAGGGAGCUUGAGCUCAGAGACGAGUUCCUGGCCUGGAAACAGCUCUACUCUCACUCCCGGCUCUCCACCGCCCAAGGCAGCCCAGCCACAUCCCCCAUUGUCGACCCUGAGCAUGUUUGGCCCUCGUGGCUGCCUGGGCCGACGCCCCACGAGAUACCAGAGGAGUUUAAGAUGAUAGCGUACGACCGCUUCUGCAAGGGAAUCGUUCCCAAGUAUCUCAUUUGUGGCGUCAUCAAGCGCAAGCCGUUCGAAGCCUUUGUCGACUCAGCGCCCGAGUAUCUCAAGGCGAUCGUCUUUGCCCUGGGCUUCUGGCAUCUCUCUGUCCGAUCGCCGUCUGUCAAGCCGCCGUCACAGGCCGAACGCAAGCCCAUCCACACCUCCUGUGCGGAGAAAGCCCGCCAACUUCUCCUUGCAGUCGUCGACCAGCCCUCUGUCGAUGUGGCCCAAACCUUGAUUCUGAUGGCCUACUAUGGCCAAAUGACGGACUCCUUCAAGUUGCAAGUGCAUUGCACUGCCGAAGCCUGCCGCAUGGCCAACUAUCUCUACAGCCAAAAAACCGCCCUGGUUCAACAGGGCGAACUGGGCCGUGAGGCAUCCGAAUCUAUCCGCCGGAUCGUCUAUCACUGCCAUGUGCUCCAGUGCCGAGUGACCGGAAUGCCUUUCAUGCCCUUUGCCCACUCACACGAGCUCCGGUUCGAUGCAUUGCCGCCCUAUGAGUCGCCCGAAAAUGAAGCCGCCUGGUCCUACGAAGAGAGGCCCAUGUUCGCCCCGAAUGCCGUCGGGCCCAACCUCUCCGUCGACAUCCUGUUCCUGCAAAAGAUCCAUGGCCAUGCCGUCAAGUACCUACGCCUUUACAACGACGGACCCAUCGAAUGCGACCCCAAUGCCAACCAACAGGCUCAACUCAAAGCCGAGUACAUUGUUUUCAAAGACCAAGCCUCGCAGAGUUUGUGGAGGUGGUAUGCCUCCCUCCCAGACUGGAUUCGAGAGGUUGUCAACCUCCAGCAGCUCUCCAGUCUCAAUCGUGUCUCGAACGUCAUGGAUCUCGUCUCCCUCAACAUGCUCUUCUACUCGACGCUUCUGGCAGUGCACUACCCGGCCAUGAUCGAAGAGCUGUGGUAUCGGCCCCAGGAUCCCACCGCGACACUUCCCAACUACAUGAUAUGUCAGCAGCUGCGAUCCAGUGUCGAGAACAUGAUCUACUUGAGCUGCGCGAUCGACUCGAGCCUGACCUCGUUCAACAUGGGAAUCAGCUACCCUUACUUUUUCAUCGCAUCCAUGACAUUUUACAUCCUCUGCAAAGCAGAGCCCGAGACCGAUGUGCCACGGCUGUUGGGCAACGCCUCCAUGCGCAUCAUAGUCGAGACCGAGCACGCAGGCAUCGUCUACGAGGGCGAGGCCGCUAUCCCACGCUUCAUUGAGCACAUCUCCAAGUUCAUAUCCAUCACUCAGCUCUGCGAGAUACGAAAGCUGAAAUACUCCAUCUUUAGCGACAUUCAUCAGAGAGUUCUCUGUCGUGUCCCACAGCCGUACCCUUCAAACUUGUCUGAGCUGGUUCGCCAGUACCGCCGUUCCCACGACCCGCCAGAUCACGAAAUGUCGUUCACCGCCCUUGGACCGUGGCUCCCAAUCAGCUAUCUGGAGAGUAACUCUGUCAGUGCCGCUACCGAGCUCUCCACUGGCAUGUUUGCAAACUCUCCGCCAUCUGCUUCGACCGAUCUUCUCUGGAGCUUGGCUUGGAUCUACUAUUAGCAGAUUCAGCCAAACCUUGCCCCGAAAUCCCUCCAGCCCCCCCCAUCCCGAGUGGAUCGGGGAAUCGGAGACGAGUUCGCCGAGACUACAUCAACCAGGGAGGCAGCCCUGAUGCGUCUGAAGAUCUCUGUGUCGCAGGGACGGAUUGCUGUUUCCGUUCGGCCACUUCCCAUAUUCGUUGACUUGAUACCCGCACGCCAAUAGACCACACCGAUGCAAACGGCCAGCUAGUGCAGCCUAUUGAGGACGUCCGUCCACCGCUUCGUGUCAUCCAGUGGGCCCUCCAUCCUGUCUGCC